AUGUUUACAAUUAGAUGGGUAGAUCUUUUAUCUAGUGAAUCAAAUUUUUUACAAUCCUCUACAAAAAAUGAUAACAUAAAUGAAAAUUUGAAAAAUAAAAAACUUCCUUAUGAAAAAGAAGCAGAUUUAAAUAACAGUUUUUUGAAUUCAUAUAAUGCAGACUUAGAUAAUAGUAAUGUUGGUAUUAAUUUGAAAAUAAAAAAUCUAAAACUUUCGGAUAAUUCUGAAAAAGUAGAAAAUGAUGGGACAGAAAAAAACACUUUAAUUGGUAAUUCAAAAAAUGAAGUUUCUGAAAAAGUAGAUAACACUAAAAACGAUAAUCGAAAUGGUAAUGAUGUGGAAAAUUUGAAUUGUAAUGAAAAAAAUACAAAUUCAGAAACAAAUAAAAAUACCAACAAACCAAAUUUAAUAAGCAAUUUAGAAUCUGAAAUAAAAAAUCAGAAUGAUGUAUCCAGUAAUAUCGAACAAAAUAAUAUUAACAAAAUUCAGGACAAUAAUGCAACUAAAGGAGAUGGAAAAAUAGUAAAAAAAAUAAAUGAUAAAAAUAUAAAAUAUACUGAAAAAAAGAAUUUAAUUAAUAGUGAAAAUUAUGAUAAAAAUAGUGUAAAAGGAAAAAGACAAUCUUUAACUAAAUUAAGAAAAACCUCAAUUAACGAUUCGAUAAAAUCGGGACAUUCUUGUUCUGUAUCUUGUACAACAUCUAAUUCAUCAAUGAAAAGAAAUUCACAUAAUAUUCAAAAAAACAAAAAAAAUAAUAAUAAAAAAGAUAUAAAAAAUUCAUAUUUUUCAAAAUAUAUAGUUGAAAAAAAAAAAAAUAAUGAAAAAAAUGAAGAAAAAAUUAAUAAAAAUAAUCCAAAUUUAAAAGAAAAAACAAAUCUUAAUGAAUUAUCAGUAAAUGAAAAUAAAAAAUUUAGUAAUCUUUUAACAAUGCAUGCAAAUAAUUUAGUAGGAACAUUGUCCAAAGGAAAAAAAAGAAAAGAAAGAAAUAUAGAUGAUCAUACAAGUAUGUCAAAAAUUAAUUGUACAAUAUCUCAUGAUAUAGAAAUAGAUGAUGAUAAUAUUCCAUUGAAUCCAACUAAAAAAGUUAAAAACAAACUAAAAAAUAAAAUAAAUAAUGAAGAUAAUUUUGGAAAUAAGAAUGCUACUCCAACUAUUUAUAAUCAAAUGAAUUUAAAAGGACUAACAGAAAUUAACUAUUUAACAAAAAUAAAUAAAGAAAAUAUAAAUUUAGAAAAAUUCAAUAAUUUUAAUAAUAAUUUUAUUAAUUAUUUAGGAGACAUAAGAAAUAAUCCAAUUGAUUCUAUGCAUAGCGUCAAUAAUAAUAGAGUAAAUAGUAGACUUAAAGAAAUAGCUGUUGGGAAAUCAACAAAAGAAUAUAAAAAUUAUGUUAAACUUGUUAAAUAUGAAGAUAGAAUGGAUGAUGACCCUGCAACUCCUAAUGCAUAUGAAAAUAUAACAAAUGCAAAAUUUCAAGCUAAAUAUAAUUUGUGGCGAAAAAAAUUACAUAAAUUUGAUACAAUAAAUUAA